AUGGCGAACUCGUCUGUAAGCAUGAAACUAUUGAUCGAUACACAUGCAAAGAGAGUCCUGUUUGCCGAGACGGACAAAGAUUGUGUGGAUUUCAUGUUCUACAUACUCUCCUUGCCAGUAGCUAACCUCGUCAAUCUUGUCGGAAAAAAACAAAUGGUGGGUUCUUUGGGAAACCUGUACGAAAGCAUUGAAAAUCUGAACCAGUCUUACAUACAACCAAACAAGACAAAAGAUUCUCUUCUGAAACCAGUGACGGCACAUACAAGUGGUUCUCAUGUUCCUCUAUUAGCGCUGCAAGCUGCACCCACUACUGUGAAAAAAUUCUAUACCUGCACACGACGUUCCAGUAAUGAUUAUGACGAUUAUUGUUAUAGUAAUAAUAAUAAUUGUAAUAGUAAUGUAUCUGAUGAUCCAAACGCUGUUUGUCCGCAUUGUAACGGGGCUAUGAGCAUUAGCAUGAACUAUGUUGCUCCACCUCCAAAAAAGGAAUCUAAUUCGUCAAGCAAUGAAGAAGGUUUAGGGUUUGUGAAGGGGGUGGUGACUUAUAUGGUGAUGGAUGAUCUUGUGGUGGAGCCCAUGUCUACUGAUACGGGCCAUUCUGGAAAGAUCCAAUACGAAUUAGGCCCACGACAAAAGGCCCAUGGCAAUUCAGCCCAAUGA